UUUCCCGCGAGGCCGCGGGGGCGCGGAGCCGCUGGCCAGGCCCCAGAGUGCAUUGCGGAUACGUGCGCGCGCGGCUCCAUUGACGAGCGACCGCGGGAAAGUUCUAAAAAAGUCAAAACAAAACAAAAAAACCAGUACGAGGCAAAGUCAGAUAUUCAAGCCACAGAACCGGGCGGUGGCAGGCUUUCCGCCACUGCCCAAACUGCUGAAGCAGCUCUGGCGCGGACCAGCUGAUUUGAUGUGUGUUCACUGUUUCCUUCAGUGUGUGACAAACCACUGUGAAGGUACAUCACCUUUUCCCUUUUUCUGAGAUGGCUCAAGAUUCAGUAGGCCUUCCUUCUGAUUUUCAAUUUUGGAUGCGGAAGCUUUCCGUAUGGGACCAGGCCUCCACUUUGGAAACCCAACAAGACACCUGUCUUCACCUGCCUCAGUUCCAGGAGUUCCUGAGGCAGUUGUAUGAAGCCUUGAAAGAGAUGGAUUCAAAUGCAAUUAUUGAAAGAUUCCCCACAGUUGGUCAACUGUUGGCAAAAACUUGCCGGAAUCCUUUUAUCUUAGCAUAUGAUGAAAGCCAAAAAAUUCUAAUAUGGUGCUUACGUUGUCUGAUUAAGAAAGAUCCACAGAAUUCUGGAGAAUCAAAAUUUAACUCCUGGACACGGGUAAAAGGGUUGUUAUCUCAUAUACUUUCCACAUUCAGAUUUGAUAUAAAAGAAGUUGAUCUUUUUACUCAAGUUCUUGGAUAUGCACCCACAGAUUACUAUCCUGGUUUACUUAAAAAUAUGGUUUUAUCAUUAGUGUCUGAACUCAGAGAGAAUCAUCUUAAUGGAUUUAACACUCAAAGGCGAAUGGCUCCGGAACGAGUAAGGUCCCUGUCACGAGUUUGUGUCCCACUUGUUACCCUGCCAGAUUUUGAACCAUUGGUGGAGGCUCUGCUCACCUACCAUGGACAUGAACCUCAGGAAGUGCUCUGGCCUGAGUUCUGUGAUGCUGUGAAUGAGGCCUUUUUGCUGAAGAAGAUUUCUCUCCCCACGUCAGCUGUACUCUGCCUCUGGCUUCGGCACCUUCCCAGCCUUGAAAAUACAAUGCUGCAUCUUUUUGAAAAGCUUAUCUCCAGUGAGAGAAAUUUACUGAGGAGGAUCGAAUGCUUUAUGAAAGAUUCAUCACUGCCUGCAGCUGCCUGCCACCCUGCCAUAUUCAGAGUUGUUGAUGAAAUGUUCAGGUACGCACUCCUGGAAACUGAUGGAGCCCUAGAAGUACUAGCUGCUAUCCAGGUGUUUACACGAUGCUUUGUAGAAGCUCUGGAAAAAGAAGACAGGCAGCUGAAGUUUGCAUUCAAGACCUACUUUCCUUAUGCUUCUCCGUCUCUUGUCAUGGUGCUACUCCAACACCCGAAAGAUAUCCCACAGGGACUUUGGCACCAGGCACUGAAACAUAUCUCUGAAAUGCUCAAAGAAGUAGUUGAAGACCAAACUCAUGGGUCCUACGGAGGCCCCUUUGAGAGCUGGUUUUUGUUCGUUCACUUUGGAGGAUGGGCUGAUAUGGCGGCUGAGCAGCUAAUGAUGUCAGAAGCUGAGGCUGAAGCUCCAGAGGCCCUGCUGUGGCUCCUGGCUUUCAGCUGCGGUCCAGGAGCUGGACAUCAGCAGAGAGCACAGACCAUGGUGGAGGUGAAGGCAGUGCUCAGCUGCCUCAUGAAGCUGCUCAGGAGUCCAACCCUCUCGGCCAGGGAUCUGCAGGCAGCAGCCGGAGAGGGCGGAGAGGGAGCUCCCAGACCGCCUGCCUGUCAGCAGCUGAUCAGGCGCCUCCUCCUGAACUUCCUGCUCUGGGCUCCCGGAGGCCACGCGAUUGCCCAGGAAGUCAUCACACUGAUGGCGCAGACUGAUGCAAUAAUGCAUGAGAUUAUUGGCUUUCUGGACCAGACCUUGUACAGAUGGGACCAUCUUUGUGUGGAAGCCCCUAGGUCGAGAAAACUGGCCAGAGAGCUCCUUGCAGAGCUGCGUGGGCAAGCCUAGCCCGGGCCAGUUAACCAGGGAGGCUACGCGAUGAAAUGGUGGGGCUGCUUCUUAUGGCCUCCGUUUGUAGAACGCAUUCCCUCUUUGAGUUGCAAGAAGGAGCCAUAAACAUCUUGGCAAGAUCUGGUAGUACGUAUUUUACAAAAUGAGAAGUCAGGUGCUUUAGCCUGAAUUCAGUGAGAUUUACUCACUAAUGACAGGAUUAUGGUUCAGCAUUCCCUGCGCCUGUUCAGCCCGGAUGUUGAUUAGAGAAUCACUCAAGAAAAGGCUUGGAUGGGAGAACAGAUUUGUAUUUCCUUCCCUGCCCCCCCAUAUCACACCAAGAUGCACAACUAUUUGGAUGUUUCAAACUCUUUGGACCAAGAAAUUGGUCAUGAACCACUGAUCAAUUUAGAAAGUAACUUAGCCGUUUUCCACAGAUCUCUUUUUUAAGAAGUCCUGUAAUUGUUACUGGUAUUUCGUCUUAUCCACCGGGAUACUCUCUUGCUCCCCUAAGACAUUCUUCAUCCAGGAUAGUCAGGAGCCCUCAAGUUUCCCUCCCAUGCCCCCUGAGCAGAGCCCACACAAGCCCAGUAGCAAGUAGUGGUGAGCGGGGAGCAACACUGCUUAGCAAUGAAAUAAAGCCAGCUUUGGGGCUUUUUGCUUUAUACUGGCUAAGCACUGGCUUUUACCAAAAGAGCUCAUAUUACCUCAAAGGUGGCUGACGGGGGAGGGUACAGGAUGUGUUCUAGAAACAUUGGAAGAGAUUAUGUGUCAGUUCUCUGUUAACUAAAAUGGGAAUUGGAAACUUCUAAUAAAGAAUUGGGGGCUUCCAUGGUGGCACAGUGGUUAAGAAUCUGUGUGCCAAUGCAGGGGACACGGGUUCAAGCCCUGGUCCAGGAAGAUCCCACAUGCCACAGAGCAGCUAAGCGGGUGUGCCACAACUGCUGAGC